UUCAGCCCAAGGUGAAAGUUUCCCCAACGAAAUCGGGGUCCGGGCCCCACUCCCACCUGCUGGUUUGCUCGGUGAUGGGGGUUUACCCCGGGGGGAUUGAGAUCAAGUGGCUGAAGAACGGGCAGGAGCAGACGGCCGGGGCGGUGUUCACGGAGCUGCUUCAGAACGGAGACUGGACCUUCCAGAUCCUGGUGAUGCUGGAGAUGAGCCCCCAGCGCGGGGACGUCUACACCUGCCAGGUGGAGCACAUCAGCCUGCGGGGCCCCCUCGCCGUGCACUGGGUGGCGCAGCCUGACUCUGCCAGGACCCCGAUGCUGCUGGGGGUCGGGGGCUUCGUGCUGGGGCUGAUCUCCCUGACGCCCGGACUCCUCACCUACCUGAAGACUACGGGAGGUGCCUGGCUCUGGCUGGACCUGACCCCUGCACCCAGGCCUGGCUCCUACAGCCCCGGGGGCCCGCUGGGCAGCCCCUCCCUGAAGGGUUUAUUGAACGGCACAGGCCAGCGCCGGAUCCUGGAUCCCAACAAUCCCACGGCGCCCCCAAGUGUCCAACGUCCCCUGAACGUCCCAGAGGGAGAAGAAUCCCACCCCCCACCCAGGGCCCCGAUCUCCCAGGGCCCCGAUCCAGUCCUGCCCUCGGCGCCCUCAGCUCUGGAGCCGGGCACAGACCCAGCCCUGAGUGCCAUGUCCCCAGGAGAGGGGCCGAUCCCCACGCCUGGGCCGGGGCCGCCCCCUGAGGCCCUGGACUCCCCUGGUCUAACGUCCUGGUAG